ACGUGGGCUCGGUGGAGGGCUUGGCGUACCACAGGGGCUGGGAUAUGCUGUACUGGACCAGCUACACAACAUCCACCAUCACGCGCCACACUGUGGAUCAGAGCCGCUGGGGGGCCGUUGACCGGCACACGGUGGUCACAAUGUCAGGAGAUGACCACCCCAGAGCGUUCGUCCUAGACGAGUGUCAGAGCCUUAUGUUCUGGACCAACUGGAACGAGCAGUCUCCCAGUAUCAUGCGUGCUACCCUGACUGGUUCCAAUGUCCUUGUGAUCAUUGGCAACGACAUCCGAACCCCUAAUGGCCUGGCCAUCGACCACCGAGCUGAGAAACUUUAUUUCUCUGACGCCACACUGGAUAAGAUAGAGCGUUGCGAGUAUGAUGGCAGUCGGCGCUAUGUGGUGCUGAAGAAUGAGCCGGUCCAUCCGUUUGGCCUGGCCGUCUACGGUGACUACAUCUUCUGGACCGACUGGGUGAGGAGGGCCGUGCUCCGCGCUGACAAAUACACCGGAGGAGACAUGAAGGUGCUGCGUGCUGACAUCCCUCAGCAGCCAAUGGGCAUCGUCGCAGUGGCCAACGACACCAACAGCUGUGAGUUCUCUCUGUGCCGUGUCAACAACGGGGGAUGUCAGGAUUUGUGUCUGCUGACCUCUGAGGGAAGGGUCAACUGCAGUUGCCGUGGUGACAGGAAACGUUUGGAAGACAACACCUGCAUAGCCCUCAACACGACGUGUAACAACAUUGAUGAGUUUGAGUGUGGAAACGGAGACUGCAUUAACUACACCCUGACCUGUGAUGGUAUGGCCCACUGCAAGGACAAGUCUGAUGAGAAACAGUCCUAUUGUGCCAACCGUGUGUGUAAGAAGGGCUACAGACGCUGUGUGAACGGUCGCUGUGUGGGCCACAGUUCCUGGUGCAACGGGCAGGAUGACUGUGGAGACAACUCUGAUGAACUCUUCUGUAACACCACACUGUGCUCAGCUGAUCAGUUCCAGUGCAGAGACGGAGGCUGCAUCUCCAACUCCAGCAAGUGUAACCAGAAGGUGGACUGUGAGGACGCCAGUGAUGAGAUGAACUGCACUGCCACGGACUGUUCCAGUUACUUCCGUCUGGGAGUGAAGGGAGCGACAUUUCAGAAGUGCGAGUUCACCACUCUCUGCUUUGCCUCUUCAUGGCAGUGUGAUGGAGCUAAUGACUGUGGAGACCUCUCUGAUGAAAGAAACUGUCCAGGGAGCGGGAAAACCAACUGUCCGACGCCCUACUUCGCAUGUCCUAGUGGCCGCUGUAUCCCCAUGAGCUGGACCUGUGAUAAAGAGAACGACUGUGAGAAUGGUGCAGACGAGGCUCACUGUGAUAAGUUUUGCUCGGCCUCCCAGUUUGAGUGUGGGAACCAUCGCUGCAUUCCCAAACGCUGGGUGUGUGACGGAGCCGAUGACUGUGGUGACAGCAGUGACGAGGACAGCAAGUGCA